GAGAGAGAAAGAGAGAGAGAAAUAGAGAGAGAGAGAAUUAGAGAGAGAGGGAGAAGACAGCAAAGACCAUGUUGUCUUUGAGCUGCGUGGACCCCUGGCCUGAGGGCUCCAUCGGCCUCGAGGAGGAAGUGGUCACUGCGGCCGCCCAGGCUGAGGAGCUGGACCAGAACCCGACCCCGAGCGCCCCGGCCUGGAGCAGCUCCGGCUCCCACAACAGCGCCCCCUGUGGCCCAGGCGGCGGUACUGCGCCCAGCGGCUCCAGCUCCCUGUGCCUGGACGACAGCCUGACCAGCCUGCAGUGGCUGCAGGAGUUCAGCAUCGUGAGCGCUCCGCACGCCGCGCUCUCCUGCCACCACCAGGGGCCGCUGUUCGCCCACCACCACCACCACCACCAGCCGCCGGCGCUCGCGGGCAUCGACGCCCCUUCCUCGCCGCUCGCCGGAGACCCCGCCUCCAUGGGCACCCCACUCACCCCCGGCAAGCCCACGGCGGCCGCCUUCUACCGGGCACCGGCGGGCCCCCUGCUGGUGACGCACGGGCACUGCCCGGACGAGGUGGACUACAAGACGGACCCGCGGGUGAAGCCUCCGUACUCGUACGCCACGCUGAUCUGCAUGGCCAUGCAGGCGGCCCAGCAGAGCAAGAUCACCCUCUCGCACAUCUACUCCUGGAUCACCCACAACUUCUGCUACUUCAGGCACGCCGACCCCACCUGGCAGAACUCCAUCAGGCACAACCUGUCCCUGAACAAGUGCUUCAUCAAGGUGCCGCGUCGGAAGGACGAGCCGGGGAAGGGCGGCUUCUGGAGGAUCGACCCGCAGUACGCCGAGCGCCUGCUGAGCGGCGCCUACAAGAAGCGCCGCAUGCCGCCCGCACGGAUCAACCCCGCGCUGCUGCAGGCCCGGCUGCGUCCGCCGGUCGCCACGACCGCGACCUCCGACCCCGCGCGGGUCACCGGCGGAGGGGUCGCAGGGGGGGUGCUGAGCGUGAGCCCCGAGUCCCAGCUGCUCCUGCAGGAGUUCGAGGAGGCGACGACGGGGUUGGACCGGAACCAGGACCCGCACCUGACGGAGGCCACCAUUCUCUGGGGGUCGGGCAGAGGGGUCGGCGGCGGCGGCAGAGGAGGAGGAGGAGGGGGGGUGCGGGGGCAGAAGAGGAAGCAGCUGGGCGGCGGUGGCGGCGGCAGGACGUCGAUGUCGGCGAAAGCCCCGCGUCGCUCGAGCUCGCCGCUCCUGUCGGCGGAGGAGCAGCGGGAGCUGGGCGCGCUCAAGGGCAGCUUCGACUGGGACGCGCUGCUCGACUCCGCCCUCAACGGCGAGCUCAGCCUGGACGCAGGCGGCCCACUCAGCCCCCCCAUCCCCCCCCACCACCACCACCCCCACCACCAGGAGCUCGCCGCGCGUGCAGCGCACAGCAGCCUUGACCCCCUGCAGGCUGACGCCGGGACUGCGGCCGGGGACGGGGACGGACCCCGAGGCGUCGGGGAUCUGGAGGAGGAGACGUACCUGGCCACGGCCUUCCUGCACGACCCCUGGCCCGAGGAGGAGGAGGAGGAAGUGGACGGAGCGGCCAUCAGGGUGGACUUCCUGUGCAGCUCCACGGUCAACAUCGAGCAGCUGUUCGACCUGGGCGACUCGCUGGGCGGCGACAUCAGCAGCAAGAUGGAGUCUCUGCUCUGA